AACCUGACCUGAGAUCCUAUUGUAUGUGCUGUUGUUCUACACUUUCAAUCUCAACGUUUGUGUCUGUCUUUGUCUGCGAGGGUCGUAGCGCACAGACUCAGUGAUAGUUCCAAUCCAACAACAGAUCGAAACCCCUUCUGAUUCGAUUUGUUGUUCGUUGGAUCUGCGAAUUGGGAAUCAAUCAAUCAUGGUGACCAAAACAGAGGAAACCCAAUUGAACAGGCUUGAAAACCAGGUCGAUAACGCCGGCGGCGGCGCGUGGGAGUACCUCUCCCUCGUCAGGAAGCUCAAGGUUCGCCGUUCUGAUAAAGUGUUGAAGCACGGCUUGUCCAUCCUCAACGACCCCAAACAACGAUCAUCUCUCGGCCCAGAUGAAUGGACUUUGUAUGAGCAGGUUGCACUUGCAGCUAUGGAUACCCACUCUCUUGAUGUUGCCCAGGACUGUACAAAGAUUCUUCGGAAGAGAUUCCCGGAGAGUAAAAGAGUUGGCAGGUUAGAGGCAAUGCUGCUUGAAGCAAAAGGGUCCUGGGAAAUGGCAGAAAAGGCUUACACAAGCCUUUUAGAGGAUAAUCCUGUUGAUCAAACGAUCCAUAAGAGGAGGGUGGCUAUGGCAAAGGCACAAGGCAACAUUUCUGGGGCUCUUGAUUUCCUUAAUAAAUAUCUGGAAAUAUUCAUGGCAGAUCUGGAUGCAUGGAGAGAAUUGGCCGAAAUAUACAGCUCCCUGCAAAUGUAUAAACAAGCCGCAUUUUGCUAUGAGGAAUUGAUGUUAGCACAACCUACUGUUCCUCUCUAUCACUUAGCCUAUGCUGAUGUACUUUAUACGAUUGGUGGGUUAGAAAAUCUCCAGACUGCAAAGAAAUAUUAUGCAUCCACUAUUGACUUAACUGGAGGCAAGAACACCAGAGCACUCUUUGGUAUAUGCUUGUGCACCUCUGCUAUUGCACAGCUUUCAAAAGGGAAGAGCAAGGAAGAGAAAGAAGGAUCACAGUUACAAUCUCUAGCAGCCAAAGCAUUGGAGAAAGAUUACAAGCAGAGAGCUCCUGACAAGCUUCCUCAACUUACAAGUGCCUUAAAGAGUUUAACAUUGUCAUCAUGAUGAUGCAGAAUUUCUUGAAUAGUAUUGUUAUGUAGUCACUUUUUGACAUUUUCUUAAAUUAUUGCCAGCCUGAUUAGAACUCCCCUUCCAUUUUCUUCUCAAUAUCGAAAUGAGAAUUCACCUUGUUCUGCAAUUUUACCUUCCGUAAUAAGUAUUUAUCUAAAGACAUGUAAAUUUUCAAUGAUGUAGACCGUUUCUGUGAAUGGAUAGUCAUGGGUUUUGGGAGUGCA